GGUUCAGUGGGCGAAGAAUGGACAGCAACCCAUGAUCCCUCUUUACAUUCCGACGCCCGUGGCGGCUCCUGCUCCUCAGGUUUACUUCCCCGUUCCUGUUCCGACUUUGCAGUACCCCGUUCCUGCUCAGGUUCCGUACAACAUGCAAGUCCCGAGGACGGUGCCUACGAUGCUUACCAUGACACCCGGGUUCCGUGGCUUCUCGUUCGAUGACAUGCCUAUGCCCACUCAGUUCCGCGCCGGUGUCCCUCGAAACUAUGGUGCGCAAUACACUCACAUCCCCGCUCAGGCACCUCUCUCCCACCCCGGUCUCCCCCAUUGGGCCCGUGAGAGCAUGAAUUUCGCCGACAGCAUCUUUGACCAGCGCGACCCCAUGCGCAUGCAAACCCAGAUUAACGCGGGUGGAUUUGCCAACCAGAUACCCUACACGGGCUGGGAGCUGGACAUUGACCAACCCAAGUCAUGCAAAGUCGAUAACAGCGAAUUCAACUUCGCCGAUUAUUUCGGCAAAGCUGAUGCUGAUGAGAGCGCCUGUGAGCAACAGAGCUUGGGCAAGAGUCCUGAGGAGAUUGCUGAGUUGGACACGCAGUGGGAGGAAAUGUGUGCGUCCGCUGGACUUCAUUUUGGUAUGACGGCAUGAACGAAAACCAAGUGUUGGGACAUGAAUGAAGAACAAAGAAAUCGAAAUAAAGCGGGUGUUUGGGAUUUUGAGAUGGCGUUAUUAAGAUUAUGAGAUGGAC